GAAAUACCACAAACAACUGCAGAUGACCUUGCAUCAUGAACUUUUGCCCGAUUUCGUGAAGGCUGUCCAGAUUCAUCCGGAAGUUUAUGAAGACUACAAUGCGAAGGAUGCUGAGAAAGCAUGGGAAGUUAUAGCCGAUCUGUUUGAGAUCACAGUUUCGGACGCCAAAAAACAGUGGUUAGAGUUGGUGAGGAUACACCGAUUUAUGUACUUGGAUUUGCCUGAUGAAGCAUUCAAGGUAACAGCCCCGAAAGAGGAUCCACGUUGGCAAGCUGCCACUCGACAAACUGCAAUUACACUGGCACAUUUCUUGCAGAACGAUCUCAAAUUUUUGUUCAAGGAUGAAACCAUCAUUUGAAGAAUUUCUCUGACUGAAUAUUUUGUAAAUAAAGAUUCUAUUCCCCCUUAAAAAAA